UAAUGAUUCUUUGCCUAGUGUUGUUAAAUCUUUUUAGCAGGACUUCAAGGACAUGUCUCCAGAGGACAUCCCUAAUGGUUUACCACCAAUAAGAGGAAUUGAGCAUCAGAUUGACUUUAUUCCAAGUGCAACAAUUCCAAACCGACCAGCAUAUCGAAGCAACCCCAAUGAGACGAAAGAACUUCAAAAGCAGGUUGAAGAACUCAUGAAGAAGGGGCAUGUGAGAGAAAGCAUGAGUCCAUGUGCAGUUCCAGUGCUAUUUGUGCCUAAGAAGGACGGGACUUGGCGUAUGUGCAUUGAUUGUUGCACUGUCAACAAAAUCACUGUAAAGUAUCGUCACCCUAUUCCUAGAUUAGAUGACAUGUUAGAUGAACUGCAUGGUUCUUGCAUAUUCACUAAAAUUGAUUUAAAAAGUGAGUAUCAUCCGAUUAGGAUGGAGGAAGAGGAAGAAAAGAUUAAGGCUAUUAAAGAAUGGCCAACACCUAAGAAUAUUUUUGAGGUGCAGAGUUUUCAUGGUUUGGCAAGUUUCUACCAGAGAUUCAUCAAGGACUUCAGCACAAUUGCAGCUCCAUUGACUGAAAUCGUGAAAAAAAGUGUUGGAUUUAAGUGGGAAAGUGAACAGGAGAAUGCUUUCAAUUUGAUUAAGGAGAACUUAAUUUCUGCACCAUUACUUGCUUUACCUGAUUUUACUAAAACUUUUGAAAUUAAAUGUGAUGCAUCAGGUAUUGGCAUUGGCGUUGUUUUGAUGCAAGAGCAAUGGCCUAUUGCGUUUUUCAAUGAAAAAUUGACUGGUGCAGUGCUUAACUAUCCUACAUAUGACAAAGAGAUGUAUGCAUUGGUAAGGGCCUCAAAAACAUGGCAGCAUUAUCUUUGGCCUAAGGAGUUUGUGAUACAUACUGAUCAUGUGUCAUUGAAGCACCUCAAGGGACAAGGUAAGUUGAAUAGACGACAUGCUAAGUGGGUGGAAUUCCUUGAGACAUUUCCCUAUAUGAUCAAGUACAAGCAAGGUAAAGAAAACAUUGUGGCUGAUGCAUUAUCUCGCAGGUACACACUUAUCUCUACUCUAAGUGCAAAGCUAUUGGGAUUUGAGCACAUUAAAGAAUUAUAUGCCAAUGAUCCAGAUUUUGCUAACGUGUUUAAUGCAUGUGAGAAGGCAGCUUCUGAUAAGUUUUAUAGGCAUGAUGGGUUCUUAUUUAGAGAAAAUCGAUUAUGUGUGCCUAACUGUUCAUUAAGAGAAUUGGUAAUAAGGGAAUCACAUGCGGGUGGCUUAAUGGGACAUUUUGGAGUUAGGAAAACUUUAGAUAUUCUGAAUGAUCACUUCUUUUGGCCACAUAUGAAACAUGAUGUUGAAAGGAUGUGUGAAAGGUUCUCGAAGAUGGCACACUUCAUUCCAUGUCAUAAAACUGAUGAUGCAACUAAUAUUGCUGAUCUGUUCUUCAAGGAGGUUGUUCGUUUACAUGAUGUUCCAAGGACUAUUGUUUCUGAUCGUGAUGAGCGAUUCCCUGCACAAAGGCAUUCUAAGUUACAACCAAGAGGCGAUGGACCAUUUCAAGUGAUUGCAAGGAUAAACGACAACGCAUACAAGUUGGAGCUUCCCGGUGACGAUUUGAGGACAAAUCCUUUUGAGGAGAGAGGGAAUGAUGGGAAUCAAGACGACAGCAUAUCUAAUACGUCAAGAGAUCCAUUACACAUUCCAAGAGGUCCAGUCACGAGAGCUAGAGCUAGGAAGAUGCGAGAAGCUUUAAAUGGCCUUAUUGAGCAGAUAUGGGUUGAUAACAACAUGCAACAAGUAAAUCAAAGCUUGGAUGAUUAUCAAGGCAUGAUCUAUUCAAUAAGGCCAUUUAAAGCUUCUUGCAUCUUUCUAGCUCUAGCUCUUGUGAUUGGACCUCCUGGAAUGUGUAAUGGAUCUCUUGACAUGGUACAUGUGGGGUCAUCUUGAUUCCCAUCAGUAUGGUGUCAACCAAUUUUAUACCCCUGGUUCUUGUUGCGUCAUAGACAAGGGGUCAAGGUUUGUACCUUUGGUUCUUGUUGCAAUAUAAACUACGGGUCAAGCUCCUAUUAUAAACUUGAUUUAGCUUU